AUGCCACAUACCAAAGUUGACCCCGCCAUUAUCGAGGCACUUGGCCUUGACCCCGCCAACGCUGUUAUGCACUCCCAUGGUGGAUCAGGUUUUGCGUCUACCUUCAAGAUAAAAGCCGAGAAGGAUGGAAACCCAGUAAACUAUUUUGUCAAGACAGGAGUGGGAAAAGAGGCAGAGGUCAUGUUUAGAGGUGAACAUGCCUCUUUGAACGCCAUAGCUGAUGUAGUACCCAACUUCUGUCCGCGAUCUCACGCUCACGGGGCCCUAUCCGACCGUCCAGGCCAUUACUUCAUGGCGACGGACUUUCUAGAUCUGGGUUCUUCAGCUCCUGGUGGUUCAGGCAAGACUCUCGCAUCAAAGGUUGCGCAAAUGCACACAACGCCUGCGCCUAUGCCAGAUGGUCAUGACAAACCCAUGUUUGGAUUCCCAGUACCGACAUGCUGCGGCUCUACAGAACAAGACAACUCUUGGCGAGAAUCGUGGGCUGACUUCUACGCUGAUAAUCGUCUAAGACAUAUCGCUCGUCAGGGGGUGCGCAACAACGGUGCCGACCCUGAACUGGAAGAGGCUGUAGAGCAAGUUGCUGGAAAGGUGGUGCCACGGCUAAUCGGUGAUGACGUUGUGAAAGACAUCAAGCCCGUUGUCAUUCAUGGUGACUUGUGGAGUGGAAAUCACUCCAAGGGGCAGAUUGCAGGACAAGGCGGCUGCGAAGAAGUCGUUUACGACCCUUCGGCUGUAUACGGCCACUCCGAGUAUGAACUUGGUAUCAUGUCAAUGUUUGGCGGCUUCAGCAAUCACUUCUGGAAAGAGUACCAUGAGUUCGUACCAAAAGCCGAACCUGUGGAUGAAUGGCCAGACCGAGUAAGGCUAUAUGAACUCUACCACCACCUCAACCAUUUUGCUAUGUUUGGCGGAGGCUACAGAGGAGGCGCAAUGUCCAUCAUGAGGAAGCUCAUCAGCAAGUACGCAUAG